CCUCCCGCGCGGGGGGGGGCGUGUCCGAGUAGCGAUGGCGCUGUCACGCGCGGAGCGGUUCGUUGUGCUGCUGCUGCGCCUCGUGUCCCGCGCCUGCCUGGCGCUGCUGGGAUUGCUUCCCGCGCCCGCGCCCUCACGCGCCGCCAGCCCCGCGCCAGCGCGCGCCGUCCCGCCACCCCGCAGCGCGCUGCUCCUCCUGCCCGCCCGGGAGCUGGCGCACCGCUUGCGGCUCCGGCAGGUGAAGUGCAUCGAGGUGGUGGAGGCGUACAUCGAGAGGAUCAGGGAGGUGAAUCCGCUCAUCAAUGCCGUCGUCAAGGACAGGUUUGAGGAGGCCCUGCAGGAGGCACGCCAGGUGGACCAGCUCCUGGCAGAGGGCCGCACUGAUGACAGCCUGGAGAAGUACCCGUUCCUGGGGGUUCCCUUCACCGUUAAGGAGGCCUUCUCCUUGCACGGGAUGCCCAACACAUCCGGCCUGGUGAAACGCCGCUGUGUCAUUGCUGCCACGGAUGCCAUCGUGGUGGGGCGGAUGAAGCAGGCGGGUGCCAUCCCGCUGGGGGUGACCAACUGCAGCGAGCUGUGCAUGUGGUUUGAAUCCAGCAACAAGGUGUACGGGCGCACCAACAACCCCUACAACCUGCAGCACAUCGCGGGCGGCAGCUCAGGUGGGGAGGGCAGCGUUCUUGCAGCCGCCUGCUCCGUGAUAGGAGUGGGCUCCGACGUUGGAGGCAGCAUCCGGAUGCCAGCGUUCUUCAAUGGUGUCUUUGGCCACAAACCUACCACAGGAGUGGUCCCCAAUGAUGGGCAGUUCCCCAUUGCGCAGGGGGUGCGGAGAAGCUUCCUGUGCACCGGGCCCAUGUGCCGCUACGCUGAGGACCUGGAGCCGAUGCUGCGGGUCAUGGCUGGCCCUGAGGUGCACAAGCUGAAGCUGGAUGAAAAUGUGUCACUGGAGAAAAUCAAGUUCUUCUGCAUGGACCACGAUGGCGGCUCCAUGUUUGUGUACCCCGUAGAAAAAGAGAUCCUGCAAGCCCAGAAGAAGGUGGUGGAGCACCUCGAGAGCGAUCUGGGGGUGCAGGUGCAGCGGGUUUCCAUCCACAAGAUGAAGUACUCCUUCCAGAUCUGGUCAGCCAUGAUGUCCUCUCAGGACAGCGACGGGACGGAGGCACAGUGCUUCACAGAGCUGCUGGGGGACCACGGGAAACCUGUGUGGCCGCUGUGGGAGCUGCUGAAGUGGCUGGUGGGGAUGUCCUCACACACACUGCCGGCCAUUGCCCUGGGGCUGACAGAGAAGGUGAUGAAACUCAGCCCUAGCCUCAAUGCCAAGCUGGUCAGCAUGGGGAAGAGCCUGCAGACCGAGAUGGAGACGCUGCUGGGCACGGAUGGUGUGCUGCUCUACCCACCCCACCCCACUGUGGCACCUCGGCACCACCACCCCAUCUGCAUGCCCUUCAACUUUGCCUACACAGCCAUCUUCAACGUCCUGGGGCUGCCCGUCACGCAGUGCCCGCUGGGGCUGAGCAGUGAGGGUUUGCCGCUGGGCAUCCAGCUGGUGGCAGCCUCCUACAACGACCGCCUGACGCUGGCAGUGGCCCGCUACCUGGAGGAGGCGUUUGGAGGAUGGGUACCGCCCGGCAAAGCUUAGCACAGCCUCCUGGAGGCGGGGACGGAGGUGGCCGCGUUGCGAAAAGCGAGGACAGGUGCCGACGUCCCGUAGCACCGUCGUGCUGCGUCCUGCCCACGUCCAUCCCGACACCCGAGGAAGUGCCCAGCUCUGCGAUUCCUGCUGCUUUGAAGACGUGAGGGGGAGGAGGAGGCUGGCCGGAGCCGUGGCUGCUGCAGAUCUGGGUGUCUCCAGCUUCUCUUGUCUCUCCGUGCCUCUGUUUUGGGUGCACCAGCGGUGCCCAGAUCUAUUCAGGGGUGUUCCCAGCCUUGCAAGCAAAGCAGGGAGUGCUGGAGGUGAUGUCGGAAGUGGAAAUGUGCAGAAGGGACGAGCGUUUGCUCCCGUGAGCCUUUGACAGCACUGAAGAGCUCUUGGAAUGCUCUUUUCUCCGUGCUGGGAUGGCUGAAACAUCCCCUGCCCCAUCCCUCUGGGAUCACCCGGUCCCAUCGGCGUCCUGGGCAACCCCUGCCUCACUGUCGUCCUCCCCGUGAGUGACACACGUGGCCAUUUGGGCUGAUGGCCGUGUCUGUUUGGGGUUGGGGUGGCAAUAAGCGUGAGCUGUUCUCAAUGAGGAUGCCAUUAAAUUCCGUCCGUCCA